AGGAAACCGCCUAGAGUUGGAGGAAGCCACUAUUACUAUCGUCAUGAGUUGAAAGGGCUAGACGAGUUACUAGGAAUAGUUCGGCUAAGAGAUAAAGGUUUGGUUGAGAGCAGGAGGCCGAAAAAGGAGUCUUGCCUAAUAGAAGAGGGAUAA